AUGCAUUCGUUCGUCCGCCCCCACGAGUACGUCGUGUUGCGACUGCCGUCCGACACAUCCAAGGUCAUCAAACUCGUGCCCAAUACGUAUGUCUCCGGGGCCUUUGCGCUCUGUCUACCUAGGAAUGUCUCGCUCGGGAAGUAUGGCAACUUCCCUUCCAACCAAAUUAUCGGACGUCCUUUUUACUUGACGUACGAGAUUCUCGACCACCCGGAUGAGGAUGGCCAUGUCUUGCGUGUUGUUCCCGCCACAGAGCUUCAUGCGGAGGCCCUCAUCAGUGAGGGCUCCGGAGAGGCGGACGGCGAGAUGGAGGAUUUCGACAUGAACGGCGAUGGCGACGUGCCGAUGCGCACAAAUCGGGACACCAUCGAUGACAGUUCGAGUCAAAAGUUAACAUUGGCGGAGAUCGAGGAGCUGAAGAAGCAGGCGACAUGCGCAGGGAAGGAAAUCAUUGCACGACUGCUGCAGUCGCAUACGGCGAUCGACCAGAAGACGGCCUUUUCGCUCGCCAAAUACAAACUGAGGAAGCAGAAGAAAUUUCUGCGGAGAUUCACUGUCCUCCCCAUGGACGUCAGCAUCCUCACGCAGUAUCUGCUCGAAGAGAAAGACGCGCCUAAGAUCAUGGAGCUGAGAGACGAAUUGAUUGCUCUCAUGGGGUGUUGGGGUAAUGUGCACCAUGGGGGAAAUACCCUGCUGGAAGAAACAGUCACAUCGAAGCCGAACGGACGAUAUCUCGUCGUGGAUGACACGGGCGGUCUAGUAGUUGCGGCGAUGGCAGAGAGAAUGGGUAUCCUUUACCCUCACGAAGACGACGAGGACGAUGAUGACACUCAGACGAAUGAUCCCGGGGAUGCGGAUGAGGCAGAACAACCCAAGGAUGGGAGAACCUCUCACCCGCAGCGUAGGGCACGGAAACAGCCCAUGUCUGCCAAGGGGAACACCCUUACUCUUAUCCACGCUCACUCGCAACCGAACCUGUCCCUUCUUAAAUACUUCUCGUACGACCAGGGCAAUCCCGACGAGUCCCAUCCGCUCUACACGCACCUAAAGACGUUAUCGUGGUUGCACCUUGUGGACCCCAACGCGGAUCCCAUCUACGCAAACGAACCUGAAAAGGUGGACGAAGCGACCCUUCAGUCAUGGAAGCCCAGCAAGCGCGGGAUAUAUUACCGCAAGCGAAACCGAUGGGUUCGAGUACGAAGCGUGGUGGAUGAAACACGGGCCGGAGGCUUUGAUGGACUGAUAGUCGCCAGCCUGAUGGAACCGGCCUCAAUCCUGCAACAUGUCGUGCCGCUGCUCGCCGGGUCGGCACCGGUUGUGGUGUACUCGCCUACGAUCGAGCCUCUUGUCCACUUGGCAGAUCUCUACUCGACCGCUCGACGGGUCGCCUUUAUCAACCGGAAGCGAGAACUCGAGGAGAAACGAGAGCAGCAGCUGAAGGAGCGGCAAGGGCAAGACACUUCCAACGAUAACAACCCUCCUUCUCCUGAUCUUCCCCCCAUCGACCUAUCCUCCGAAUUCCCCGUCGAUCCGACCCUCCUCGUCGGCCCGACAUUGCAGACCUCGCGCGUGCGUCCCUGGCAGGUCCUUCCCGGACGCACGCAUCCGUUGAUGAUGGGCCGUGGCGGCGCGGAGGGAUACAUCUUCCAUGCUACCCGAGUCAUCCCCACGCAGGAGCGCAUCUCCGCCCGGGGCAACGUGAGUCGGAAGAAGCGGAAAGUUGCUGAAACUACACCUAGUACACCGGGCGAUUAG